AUGGAUAAUUGGGGAGCAAAACCCGAGAAAAAAAUUAAAAGAGGAGGAAAUAAGAAAACUAUUAGAGUUCGUGGCAAGAAGGCCGACUACAUACUAGUCACUGAAGCUGAAAUUCGAAAAGAAAAUUUAAAAGACAUUAAAAAAUUUCUUAAUGUUUACUAUGCAUCGAUAAAAAACGACCCUGAUCCAAAUAAAAAACUCGUUGCUACCAAAAUUAAUAGAAAUAACGUUCCAAUUGAAAUUCAACAGCAAUUUAUAACCGAAAUCGAAGUUUGCAAGACUCUAAAUCAUAGUGGAGUUAAUAAACCAUACGAUUAUGCCAUUGACAAUAACUUAGGCGGGCUUUUCAUAAUUUAUGAAUCUCCAAUCAUGGAUUUUCUUGAAAACUAUAUCACAACGUACACAACAUCACCAAUUACUGAUUGCCAUAUGAUCAAAAUACUUAUUGGUAUCGCUUCUGCUGUUGCAUAUUUACAUUCAAACGGAUACGUCUGCGGAGACUUAAGGCUGGGCACUGUCUUUCUCAAAUCGAAAUUAGAACCAGUUAUUAUCAACUACAAUCUCCCAGAACUCUAUCCAUGUCCUAUUAUUCCAUAUGAAACCAAAAAAUCAGAGUAUUCAGCCCCAGAACUUGAAAACAACUAUGUAAUAACACCAAAAUCAGAUGCAUACUCGUUCGGUGUCAUUUUAUCUAAAAUUUCUCAAAAAUUAAAUAAUAUCAAAGGAAAAUUCUACCAAACAAUGAAACAAUUGUUUGAAAUGUGUACAGACUUUGAUCCAUCAAAGCGACCAUCAUUUACUCUCAUCGAGAAGAUGCUUGUUGAAGGAGUUGAAGACAUUCCUUAUGUUCCAAGCCCAUUUCAAUCUUACAUCACAGAUAUCAUCAAAAGCAACCCGAAUGGAUCAAUCUCACCACAUACUCCUCAUGAAUUCAGUGCUUUUGCUGAUCAAAUCAUGACUUCUGUUGACAAAUACAUUUCUCCACUGAAAGAUAUUCUUCCGACCAAAAUUAUUACUAAGGCAAGACGUAAUAUCCAUCUCAGAUGUCUUUUGAUAAGUUUAAUUGCGAGAAAUACAGAAAUGGUUUCAAAUUGGAUAUUAACUAAUUACAAACGCAAUAAAAUGCAAGAUAUCCAAGAAAUUAUGGAUGCUGUAAUGCAAACAACUAUCAUUUGCUAUCAAAAAGUUGAUAUUUACGCAAAAUUGACAAAAAAUCUUUUCAAAUUAUCCCUAUAUUCAAAUAAACUAGGAUUUAUACCAACAUUUGUACUCCAUAAGAUCUAUGCAACAUUCGUUAUGCACGAUCCUUAUCCAAAUUACAUGCCUUACGUUGCAUAUUUGAGUGGUCUCUACAAACGAAAGGUUUUCAACAUUUUCGAGAUCAUCCAGAUGAUCGAAGAUUUAUUUGAAGGUGCUCCGACUCCGAUUUUUGCGAUUCCUCUCUACAUUUGGUUCCAUAAAGAUAUCGACCGAAAUUCUCCGGGAACUUCACAAAAAAUGAAUGAUUUAAUCACCAAAUCCGAUGUCAGACAGGUGUUUAAAUCAUUCAUUUCCGGUGAAAGUGAAGUUUCCAAGCUUUCCACGAUAAUUAUGGCGGAUGACAUGACACAAUUCAAGAACUACAUAUUGGAUCACCCAGAAGAGUUCUCAUCCGUCAUCAAUCCAACUGUUUUCGAGGUCUGCCCCUAUGCACAAGACAACAUUACCGUUCCAGAAUAUGUUUUGUUGUAUAAUGCGCAGAAAAUUUACACUUUUCUGAGGAAUACGACAAAAGUAUAUGACGGCGAUGACACAAAGAUGAUGCAGAUGGCUAUCAUUGGUAACCAUACGCUUUAUCUCGAACAACAUGAGUUAAAUACGAGAUCCGAAAACGUUGUUGAAGCUUCAGUUCAAUUUCACAAUUACGCAGCAUUGAUUCAAGGUUACAACAGAGGAAUCAAGCUUCGUAACGCUGAAAACCUCUUCUCCGCUGUGCAAUUUACAAAUUUAAUUGCAUUGUUGUUCAUUUUAUCAGCAAAUUCAGUUCCUCCUGCCAAGAAACAUAUUUCUUCCCAAGAAAAAGAAGAAACAAAACCAAAAUCAACCGAAAAUCCAAAUCCAAAUCCUUCUCAAAAUUCCGAGCCUCAAAAAGUUUCUUCUCAAAAUUCUGGACCCUCUCAAAAUUCAGUUCCUUCUCAAAAUUCAGGACCUUCUCAAAUUUCUGAACCACCAAAAACGACGAGACCAACUCCACAAAGUCCUCAGAGACCAAAUGCACAGAGGCCAAAUCCACCAAACACGCAACCUUCUUCUCCACAACAAAAUUCUCAAAUUCCGAAAACAAAUGAAAAUCAACCACAAAAAGUGACACAAAAUUCUACGGAAAAAACUUCAGAAGAGAAGAAGAAAGAGGAAGAAGAGAUCAACAUGAGGAUUAUCACCAUCAACAAAGAAGCUGCCAGACAAGCAACAGAGAUCAGAGAUCAUUUUGGAGAAACAAUUUUCCAAGCCGCAGUGAAAACAGGAGAUUUCUUGUUUUUGAGACUUUUGCUUUCAAUUCCAAAUGUUAAACCAUUUGCAACUGAUUCAUGGGGACAGAAUGCAAUUCACUGGGCAUGUCGUCUUGGCUGCGAUUCCCCUAACCUCUGGGAAGAAAGCGCUGUAAGAUAUCCUUGGUGGUUUGGUUCCGAUGAAUCAUUGAUAACUGGCGAAAAUUUGGUAAAUUUGGUUGAUUUGUUCAGGAAAUAUCAGAAUCCUGGAUCAUUCGCAGCUAAACUACUUUCCACACAAGAGAACAUCGAACCAUACAGUUCAUUCAAAGAAAACGAAAGAAUGUUGAAUGAAUUGGCAAUUGCAAGUUCAAAUCUUGAAAUUUGGAAAGCAUCAAAACUCACUUUUGAACGAAGAUUUGGUUCUCCUCAUUGUCUUAAACUCCUUUUAAAGUUCUCAACAAAACACAUAAAUGAUGUUGAUGAACAAGGAAUGACUGCUUUACAUUAUGCAGCAAUGAAUGGAGGAGCAACAGUUGUUAAGAUGCUGACAAAUGUUUUCGGCGUUGACGUGAAUGUUCAAGACAGAAAAGGAAGAACACCACUCCACAUUGCAGCAAGAAACAACGACGCUUUGUGUUACGCAAUUAUUUUGUCUUGCGGAAAAGUAAGACCUGAAAUCGUUGACAACAAAAACAGAACAGCGUAUGAAGUUGCUGUGAGAAAGAACUCACAAGAUGUACUUGAUGUCGCUGAGAAAAUGGCGGAAAAGCAAUGUAGAAUUGCUUAG